GACCAAUCAGCAACUAGGCGCAGGUCGGGUUCCAGCAAGUCACAGCAAGCACUUGAAUUCUGAUUGGUCACCGCACGCGUUUGCCGGAGCUCACCGCAUACAUGGAGUCUUAGCAUUAGAAAGUGCCCGUCUUCGCGUCCUCUCCUCUCUCUUCUUUCGAUCACUUUUAUCGUGAUCAUUUUCACCAUAGAUGGCUCGAUUCAAGUCUCAAGGUCUAUGGAUGGCCCUUAAAGUCAGUGGUUUAUAGGGAAGUUAGCACUUUAAUGUUUACUGGUUCCAAUUACUGGUUGGGGUAUUUUGUACUUUUGCAACAACAUUGGCGAGCGCCAAAGCUACCGGCCGUUGGCGGGCGCCAAAGGGAAUGUAUUUUAGCUUAGGUUAGGAUGACUUGUUUUGAUUAAAGUUCUUACACUAUAAAAUUGUAAAAAUGAAUGAGAAAAAUGAAAACGCUAUGAAAAAUGGCAGUCGAGAGGAGAAGAAAGAUUUAUGCAACGAAGCAGUUAAUGGGAUUGUCUGUCGAGAGGAUUUACAUUUAUUUUUUGGACAUAGCGAUCAUAGUGUCAAUAAGGUUCACUUUUCGGCGGUUCCUCAGAUCUGCAAGGACGAACCAUGUCAGCUCGGAGUCGACGAGGCGGGUCGCGGUCCAGUUUUGGGUCCGAUGGUCUAUGGGAUCUCGUAUGCUCCAUUGUCUCAGAAACAACUGCUUGUUGAUCUGGGCUGCGCCGAUUCCAAGAGCCUGACAGAGAAGAAACGUGACGAAAUAUUUGAUAGUAUCUGCGAGCAUAAGGACAGCAUCGGGUGGGCGAUCGAGGCGAUAUCGCCGAACGUCAUCGCCAAUAACAUGUACCGUCGCACCAAGGUCUCGUUGAACGAGAUCUCUAUGAUGUCAGCUAUAAACCUAAUCCAGGGAGCGAUCGAGGUGGGCGUGAACGUUGUCGAGAUUUACGUGGACACCGUCGGCAAACCCGAGUCUUACCAGGCGCGACUAAAAGGCGUGUUUCCUGGCAUCAAGAUAGUCGUGGCGAAGAAGGCUGACGCGACUUAUCCGAUCGUUAGCGCGGCCAGUAUAUGCGCCAAAGUUACGCGGGAUCACGCGAUACGCGCGUGGCAAUUUCGCGAAGGCGAAAAUAUUGAGACGAAGUACGGCAGUGGCUAUCCCACUGAUCCGGUGACAAAAAAUUGGCUGUCCGCGAACGUGGACCGGGUGUUUGGUUUCCCACAGCUUGUCCGGUUUAGCUGGUCCACCGCUGAGCAGAUUCUCGAGUCAAAGGCAUUGACAGUGGAAUGGGAAGAAACAGAGGAGAUGGAAACUGCUAAUGAGCAGAAGAUCUUGAAGUUUUUCGCCAAAUCCCCAGCUAAAUCAUCCAAUAUUCAUGCGAAAAAGCAUCUGUUCUUCACGGAACGCUGUCUGUCCAACGCAACCACCUUAUGAUAUUUGCUUUUAUGCUAAUUUUUUCCUUCUCAUUGUAAUCAUAUAAUGGAAAUUUAAAGAUCCUAAAUGUAAGACAAAUUUAUAGAAAUUAUUGUUAUACAUAUUUUUAACUUAUAAUGUUCAUUAUUUUUAUUCUUAUAAUUAAAUUUUUGAUGACAUUUUUAUUACGCACAUUUAGAAUGAAGGAUUAUUUCGAAUUAAAUCAACGUUUCUUUUCUUCCGAAUGUCUCAUAUCGAAGAUAUAUAAUAAAUAUUUAACAUUGCUCUCUCGA